UUGGUGGAACAGUGAAUGUCCUCAUUGGUUGUCUCACUCUAAUCAGCAGAGCGAGAUGAGGACAGCGUGUUGAUAGCUAUCAGCCUGCUAUUAAUGUCUACGCUAUUCUUGUAAACCUUUAUUAGCUUCUUCGUCUAAUGUUAAUUGUUAUUUUAAUUCAUCCGCUUUAUAGACCGGGCUUUGUGUGUAGUUUUUGCGACGGGAACCAUGUUUUUGUGUCGUGGAGCGAGGCUGUCGGCGACGGCUUUGGAGCUGGGUUUAAACUCCACGACCAAGGCAGCGGCGCAACUUAAAGCAAACAGACCAGCUGACAUUACCUGGCCAUUGCGUAACAGCCAUACAUUACAUCGCUCCCGAGCCUUUUGUGGAUAUGUCCGUGGUGGUGGCCGGGAUGAUUCUGCACUUUCGCCUGAUGGAAAGCGAGAAAAGAGGGAGAAGGACAUGUUUUCCAUCAAAAACUGGGACUCGGUUCGUUUCAUAAUCACACAUCGGGAACAAUUACCUCGAGUAACCCUGUUCGCUUUUAAUUUCUCCAACAAAACUAUUUUCAGCCCUACAUAUUGUAACACUAGCUUACCGCUACAUCGGACGAAUGGAGGCCAAAACAGACAGAAACGACAUAUAGAUGGACUUGAAAGUGUUUUGUUUACGUCUGGCGCGAAGGUCUGCAAGCAUCGCUGCUGUCCCACAUCGACUGUGCAAAUGAGGGAUCUAUCUUCUGUUGCUGCCGCGCCAAAAGGCCUGGAAGACUCGCCCGCUGUCUUCAAAGGGGACCAGACUCCAAAAGAAGCCUCAGCCAAGGUCCCUGAGGAGCCCAAGGUACCGGAGCCUGAAGAGGACAAACCUAGCAAGGCCCAGCAGCUGAAGAAGGUGUUUAAGGAGUACGGAGCAGUUGGAGUCUCCUUCCACAUAUGCAUCUCUCUCAUGUCUCUGGGAAUGUUCUACCUUGCUGUGUCCAGUGGGAUUGACAUGACUGCCAUCCUGUACAAGAUAGGUUUUAGUGAAUCUCUGCUUCAGUCCAAGUUGGCGGCGGGGACCAGUACAUUUGUCUUGGCGUACGCCGUCCACAAGCUCUUCGCUCCUCUCCGUAUCAGCAUUACUCUGGUGUCGGUGCCUCUCCUCGUUCGGUACCUCAGAAAGACUGGCCUCUUCAAGACCCCCAACUCACCCACACCCUGAUUGGCAGACACCACCACCUCACCCACAGCCUGAUUGGCAGACACCACCACCUCACCCACAGCCUGAUUGGCAGACACCCCCACCUCACCCACAGCCUGAUUGGCAGACACCCCCACCUCACCCACAGCCUGAUUGGCAGACACCACCACCUCACCCACAGCCUGAUUGGCAGACACCCCCACCUCACCCACAGCCUGAUUGGCAGACACCCCCACCUCACCCACAGCCUGAUUGGCAGACACCCCCACCUCACCCACAGCCUGAUUGGCAGACACCCCCACCUCUAUAACUUCCAUAACCUUACAAAUAUUCCCUGUUUUUUCAGAUAUCGCUUGUGGAGGAUUUCUAGAUUCAGGAAGGAUUAAGCUUUGAGGAGUUCCUGUAACUUUGAAUUCUUCAACAGGAUUUCUGCAGGAGAACAGACAGGGACUUUUUGGGAUGUUUUUCUGAAUGUUGAAACUCCUUGAUAACCCACGAAGCCCACUUUUUUAACCCACCUGUAAAUAAACAUGUUCCUUUUUAUAUAGGAAGGUUCGGUAGUUAGACCUCACGAUGUCUGUUUCAAGGCUCUGCAGGUUCCGUUUGUUUAUUUUGUUACCUUCGCUUCUGCUGAACAGAAGUCAUGGUCCAUGGUGAUUUUGUUGAGCCGGUAGCUCACACAGAAAUACACGCCAUGUCUUUCUGUGAAUUAUUGGAACAAAAUAUGAAAGAAUAAAGUAUGAAUCCACUGUUCCAGGUUUAUCGGUGAUUUAUAGUGACGGAAAGUUGGAAUUUAAUUUCAUCCCUUCUUGACCUUCUUGACCUAAUGUUUUGAGUGGACAGAACAUUAGGAACACUCUUUCCAUGACAGACUGACCAGGUGAAUCUAAGUGAAAACUAUGAUCCCUUAUUGAUGUCACCUGUUAAAUCCACUUCAAUCAGUGUAGAUGAAGGGGAGGAGACAGGUUUAAGAAUAAUUAUUAUAUAUUUUUUGAGACAAUUGAGACAUGUGCCGUUCAGAGGGUGAAUGGACAAGACAGGAUUUAAGUGUCUUUGAACGGGGUAUGGUAGUAGGUGCCAGGCGCACCGGUUUGUGUCAAGACCUGCAACUCUGUUGGGUUUUUCACACUCAACAGUUUCCUGUGUAUCAAGAAUAGUCCACUACCAGGGGGCUUCCCGGGUGGCGCAGUGGUCUAGGGCACUGCAUCGCAGUGCUAACUGCGCCACCAGAGUCUCUGGGUUCGCGCCCAGGCUCUGUCGCAGCCGGCCGCGACCGGGAGGUCCGUGGGGCGACGCACAAUUGGCAUAGCGUCGUCCGGGGUAGGGAGGGUUUGGCCGGUAGGGAUAUCCUUGUCUCAUCGCGCUCCAGCGACUCCUGUGGCGGGCCGGGCGCAGUGCGCGCUAACCAAGGGGGCCAGGUACACGGUGUUUCCUUCGACACAUUGGUGCGGCUGGCUUCCGGGUUGGAGGCGCGCUGUGUUAAGAAGCAGUACGGCUGGUUGGGUUGUGCUUCGGAGGACGCAUGGCUUUCGACCUUCGUCUCUCCCGAGCCCGUACGGGAGUUGUAGCGAUGAGACAAGGUAGUAAUUACUAGCGAUUGGAUACCACGAAAAUGGGAUAAAAAAAUAAAAAUAAAAAAUCCACUACCCAAAGGACAUCCAACUUGAUACAACUGUGGGAAGCAUUGGAGUCCACAUGGGCCAGCAUCCCUGUGGAACGCUUUCGACACCUUGUAGAGUCCAUGCCUCGAUGAAUUGAGGCAGUUCUGAGGGGAGUGGGGUGAGCGUAACUCAAUAUUAGGAAAGUGUCCUUAAUGUUUUGUACACCGUGUUUUAUGCAUUCUAAAAAAAAAAGACAACCAAGGACGAUCUGUCCCAGAUAUAUUGAUUUACAAUCAUAUUUAACCAGUUGGCACUGGACAAAGACAUGAGGGAUGAUGUAGACUCUAAACCCUCCCUUAUUUAACAGAAGUAUAGAAUGUUCUAAACAUUUGAGAGAAUGUUCUUUAGGAAUAGGAGUGUGCUGGUUGGUCCGUCAGCAUCUCUUUGUGCUCUGAAGGUUCUACAGGAGAGGAUGAUGUAGCUGAGCAGCCAUGUUCUCCUCUCUUCCUAGUGCCUGGGGAAUGAAUCAGCAGAAAUAUUCAGGUGUCCUGUUAAAUCUCUCCCAUGUCAUUUUGCCUGGAACCAAAACGGUUCUCUUUUUCCACCGUGGUUUUACAUCACAGGUGGUACAAAAGGAGUGUAGGUUUGGAUUCCAGGUGACCUUUUUAUAAUUAGUCAAGCAAUCAUCAUUUAUGUCCAAUGCAAGGACUUUUAUAGCCUGAUUCCUGCUCUGUUAGUGCUGCGACUCCUACGGUCAUUGUUGUUUGGUAUGAGAAUUACCAUAGGAGUUGGCAAGACAGUACAAACAGAUCUGGGACCCGGGCUAAGUUCUCUAUGAUAAGCUCUGUAUGAAGUAAGGAUGUUAGUAUAUCUAUCCAUAUCAUAUUCAUAACUAUGGUAAUUGUGUAAAGUCUAUAUUUUUUGAAUCGAUUGGAGUUGUAUUUAAUUAUUAAAAGGGACUGCUAUCCUUCCUC